GAGCCUUUUUUUUCCGCAGGAAUGCGUGUGAUUUGCGGGCUUCGCGUCAGGGCGGGAGCUCGCGGUGCUUCCUCUGUGUAUAAAGCCUCCGCGCCUCCUCCCGUCUGCCUCUUUCUGUUACCUGGCUCGGAGCAGCAGCUUUGGUGAACAGCACCCUGAAACACCGUAAAGUCCAACAAUGGGAAAGGAGAAGACCCACAUCAACAUCGUGGUCAUCGGCCAUGUCGACUCCGGCAAGUCCACCUCAACCGGCCACUUGAUCUACAAGUGCGGCGGCAUCGACAAGAGAACCAUCGAGAAGUUUGAGAAAGAAGCCGCUGAGAUGGGCAAGGGCUCCUUCAAGUACGCCUGGGUGCUGGACAAACUGAAGGCCGAGCGUGAGCGUGGUAUCACCAUCGACAUCGCUCUGUGGAAGUUCGAAACCUCCAAGUACUACGUGACCAUCAUUGAUGCUCCCGGUCACAGGGAUUUCAUCAAGAACAUGAUCACCGGUACAUCUCAGGCCGACUGUGCCGUGCUGAUCGUUGCUGCUGGUGUUGGCGAGUUUGAGGCUGGUAUCUCCAAGAACGGCCAGACCCGUGAGCACGCCCUGCUGGCCUUCACCCUGGGUGUGAAGCAGCUCAUCGUUGGUGUCAACAAGAUGGACAACACCGAGCCACCCUACAGCCAGAAGCGUUUCGAGGAAAUCUCCAAGGAGGUGUCCGCCUACAUCAAGAAGAUCGGCUACAACCCUGCCACCGUCGCCUUCGUGCCCAUCUCUGGGUGGCACGGAGACAACAUGCUGGAGCCCAGCACAAACAUGGGAUGGUUCAAGGGCUGGAAGAUUGAGCGCAAGGAGGGAAAUGCCUCCGGUGUAACUCUGCUUGAGGCUCUGGAUGCCAUCCUCCCACCUUCCCGUCCCACUGAGAAGCCCCUCCGUCUGCCCCUGCAGGACGUCUACAAAAUCGGAGGUAUCGGAACUGUGCCCGUGGGCCGUGUCGAGACUGGCGUCAUCAAGCCUGGCAUGGUCGUCACCUUCGCCCCCUCUGCCCUGACCACUGAGGUCAAGUCUGUGGAGAUGCACCACGAGUCUCUGCCCGAGGCUCUUCCUGGAGACAACGUGGGCUUCAACGUCAAGAACGUCUCUGUCAAGGAGAUCCGUCGUGGCAACGUGGCCGGUGACAGCAAGAACAACCCUCCCAAAGGUGCAGAGUGCUUCAAAGCCCAGGUCAUCAUCCUGAACCACCCUGGCCAGAUCAGCGCCGGAUACUCGCCUGUCCUCGAUUGCCACACCGCUCACAUUGCCUGCAAGUUCAAGGAGCUGAUUGAGAAGAUCGACCGUCGUAGCGGCAAGAAGCUGGAAGACGCCCCCAAGCAUGUCAAGAGUGGAGAUGCCGCCAUUGUCGACAUGUGCCCCUCAAAGCCCAUGGUUGUGGAGGCUUUCUCCGAGUUCCCCCCUCUGGGUCGCUUCGCCGUGCGUGACAUGAGGCAGACCGUCGCUGUGGGUGUCAUCAAGAGCGUCACCACCAAGGAUGUCACCGGAAAGACGACAAAGUCUGCAGAGAAGGUUGCCAAGAAGAAAUGAAUGGUCGAGCAGGACGACAACCAGCUGGGAGAUACGUGGCCACAGCAGCGGCUCAUCUCAUCUUUGGCAUCUUUACAGCCUGGGCCAUCUCCCCUGAGGCAGACGUCUCACCUAAAGAACUGGCUUAUGCUGAUUAAAACCCAUCGCAAAAGUUUCCGCAGGAAAAAGAAACCACCGGCGUUGUCAACCGCUCGACGGUGCCAAUCUCAAUUUAAGUUGAAAAUGUUUAGAUGUUUCUCAUUGUUCAAUUGAUUUGAAGGAAAGCUGCUGGUAACUAAUAAAAGUCUGAUAAAAAUUG